CACCCGAUCCUGAAACCUUCUUCCAGUCGGAAGUGGGUAAAUCAUUGAACUUUGCGCGCGUGGCCACUGGGCCGUGGUUUUCGCUAUAACCCUUUUGUACCUAUCGCGUGCCUGCUAAAAGAUUCUGCGAUGGCAUGGCGAAUGAAAGUUCGAUUGCCAAGAUUAAAAGUCACCCAGAGAAGUACGAGUAGCCCUGCUACUAAGAUAAUAGUCCCUAGAGGCAGGCGAGGUGGAGGUGGUGUGGCUAUUUCUGCAGAGGAAGAAGCGAGUGAGGCUCCUUCCGGCAGUGAAAUGCGUCAUGAUGAAGUUCGUGAUGAAGAUCAUGCUGUCGUUUUCUCUGAUGUGUAUCAUGAUCACGAUGUUGUGCGGGAACCAUCUCCCACUCUACACGAGAUAAAUGAAGCUGCAAAUGCGACGAGCUGGAAGAACAUACGUUCCGAACUUCUGCGUGCCAUCACUGAGUCGUUUGCAAUGCCAUUGGGGAAGAAAUGCUGCAUGUGUUCUGAAGCAGCAGCGUGUAGGUGUGUGCAGUGUGGAGCAGCGAUCUACUAUUGUAUCAAAUGCUUUGAAGGGAGCCACUCUACAGCCAAUAUUUAUCACACACCUGAAGUGUGGGAUGCACACAACAUUCUAUAAUGUUUUCUUGCUGCGAUUGUGAACCAACUGCUCUUACCAUGGUUAGAGCUCGACUCUGGCCGGCUAGUCCUCGUCUCCCAAAAUUAGCCUUCACAUUCGAGUUGUUAGAGUGGGCAGAAGCUCUUCUGUUGGAAUGCCAAGUGGCUCUUGGGGAUUUCUGCAAAGCCCUCCACUUUAAGUCCCCUCAUUUAACCAAUAAGAGGAAAGAGAUUUAUGCAGCUAUGAUAAAUGCCUUUGAAGAAUUUAGGUAAAAUAUGGUUAGUUUGGUGUCGAACCAAUGUAUAACACAGUAUCAUUGCAGGUAUAUGAAAGUAGAGGUCCGUAAUCUCUCGUACAUCAGUGACGAAUUUGAUAAUGGAAAUAUUUGUCCUGCGUGCCCUAAGGAGAGAGGAAGCGUCAUGAUUUCUAUGGAUGCUCUAUUUGGACUUCCACGAAAAAAGUCUGCCGGACAGAGUCAUAGAGAUCCACUUCAUGGCCACAUAUUCUUCAAAGAUCAACCUUCAGUUGAUGAGCAUGUUGCUAGUUCUUCUCGAAGAAAUGCUUGUGAUAAGGUGUGCAGUGACUUCUUAGCUGGUGAUGUGCUACGAUCAUCAAAUCGUUACAAAGCCCUUGAUGAGACAGCUUUGUUUGGUUGUGCUUGUAGGCAUGAAUUUCCACUUAUGUUCAUCAAUUUGAAACAUGGAGAAAGGAUAAGCUAUGCUGAAUGGCUUUUGCAAGAAAUGGUUCAAUCAUAUCCAGCUGAAAUAAAGCUACAUGUGAUGUAUGAUAUAGCUUGCACUCUAAACAAGUAUAUGCAGAAAUAUGAAGGAAAUAAUGUUUUAUUGAAGAAAGUGCAGCUUUGCUUACCAAUUUUCCAUGCUUAUGGUCACAAACCACAGUGUCAGAUAAUCUUCAGUCCAUUGCGCUGUGAUGGUUUAGGGCUCUCAGAUGGUGAAGUAAUGGAACGUCUUUGGUCCUUUUUACGCCGUUUCUCUCGCAUGACAAAGGAAAUGCGGCCAGCCCACAGAACGGAUGUUCUUUGUCAUGCUCUGAUUUACUAUGGAUACAAGACAAAGAGAAAGCUAGGAUCACUGUUACUAAACCGUUGGAAGAAAGCUGAACAGAUG